AUAGUAAACAUGGCAGCUUUCAUUGUUUUGUUCUGCUCAAGAUUUCAUUCCCUUUCGAAAUAAGACCAGUAGAGUUCGGUACUGAAGUAGAUUUAUAUAGAAUAAUAUAGAUUUAGAUCAAUACUCACAAUUUUACUUCUAGCUACUUUGUUAUUCGAGUUAAGGUUAAAAUGUCAGAUUUUAGAAUAGCUUUCUGCGUAUUGUGUGGCCUUCCAGCUGCUGGCAAAACAUCAUUUCUCAAUUUUGUAUCAACUUUAUUAACUGGCAAAAACAAGACUAACAGUAGCACUGCUAAAUCUAUCAUCUUUGAAGAAACUGGGACUGACUAUAUGAAAGUUGUUGGCAUACAUUAUGAUAUAGUAAUACCAUAUCAAGUCUACCAGGAACAGUCAGUAGGGGAACAGCCUCAACAGGCUGUAAAAGUCUGGAAAAAUUCAAGACAAGAUGUUUUGUUGUUGAUGAAUGUCUUGAUACAUGGCUUGCUAGCAUGUGCUGGAAAAAGACAGUUCUAUAUAUCUCAGCCUGAAGGCAUUAAUGAUGAUUUAUGGAAGAGAUUUGUCCAGUUGCUUCAACCCCUUGCUACAUCUUGGGAACCAUCUGUAAAUAAAGUAUUAAUUGUUAUUGAUGACAAUAUGCAUCUUCGAAGCAUGAGAUAUGAGUACUACAAGCUAGCAAGAGAAUAUGGUGUUGGCUACUGUCAAAUCGUUUUGGACAUUGCACUGGACAAAGCACUUGAAAGAAAUCUCCACAGAACUGGUGUAGACCAAGUGUCACAGGAUGUCAUCACCAAAAUGGCUAAAACUUUAGAAGUUCCUGAUCCUAGUAAAAACUCCUGGGAAAAAUUAAGUUUAACCAUUUCAGAUGAUGUAGAGAUAGAUUGGGAUCUGGUGAUUUCCUUCAUAAAAACUGCAUUUUUAAAUCCUGUCCAGCCAGUCGUGAGGAAAAACCAAGAAGAAAGUGCUACUAGCCGCAGUCAGUGUUCUUCUAGUGUACUACACCAGGCCGACCUCAUUUUAAGGAAAUGUGUUUCUUCUUGGUUGGCAGAAAAUAAGUUGAAUCGUAGUCUUAGUGAAUUCCAACAAUGUGUGAAACAUGCCAACCAUACUAAAGAAAGUAUUCUCAGCAAACUUCAUCAAGGGGACUGUGAUAUUUCAGUUUCAUUGGUUGCAGAGUCUCAGAAUGCAGCACGGGAUCCACAGUGCCUGUUAUACAAAUUUAUUGAGGACCUCUUUCUUACACAGAUUAAAACUAAGCUUUAGUAUUGAAAUGUUUGUCUUAUAGAAUUUAAAAGCAAUAAUUUAUUAUCAUUUAUGAUAGUGUUUGCAACUAACUUAAAUUUUGAACAGGUCAAGGUCACUCACAGUGCAUGAUGUUGGUCUCUUUAGUACACAGAUCGCUACCAAACUUUAGUCACUGUCACAGAGCAUUGAUGUGAACUUUCUACUAAGUUUUAUUUGUGCUGAUUGAUGGUAUAUCAUCAUCUGUUCCCCUAACCAAUAGGUACAUUAGACAGAAAAAAAACUUAUUUGGUUGCAGUUGAUGUAUUUUAAAAUUAUUGAAUGAAUCUGCGACUUUCAUAAAAAUUUUCUUUGAGAAUAUAGGAUUAUAACCCGACAGGUUUUUUUAUAAGAAUUUUAAGCUCGUUUUUUAUGGUUGGGAUAGUUCUUGCUGUACAUCACUGCUUUGUAUCUGAAAGUAGGAAUAUCUGCUGUCUUUUAAAUAUACGUCUUUUAAAUUUACCACAACCUUCAGUUUAUGUUUAUUUUGUUUAUGUUUCGGAUGUUGCUUCAGAAUUGAAUAUUAUGUCAUCCUAUUUCAAACCUCCUGCAGGACAUGAGGAAUGACAUCGAACAGGAUUAAAACCUGGAACCAUUGAGAUGACAGAGGCGCGGUGGCUGAGCGGUAAAGCGCUUGGCUUCCGAACUGGUGAUCCUAGGUUCAAAUCCUGGUGAAAACUGGGAUUUUUUAUUUGAGGAUCUUUGGGCGCCUCUGGUCCACCCAGCCCUAAUGGGUACCUGACAUUAGUUAGGGAAAAGUAAAGGCGGUUGGUCGUUGUGCUGGCCACAUGACACCAACAGAAAAGGGACCCUUUUACAUCAUCUGCUCUAUAACCACAAAGUCUGAAAGGGGAACUUUUUUUACUUUGAGAUGACAGUUCUAGGUGCUUCCAUCGUAAAACUACUCUCAGGGAUGUUUAUUUCUGAAAUAAAUCAGUUUCAAAGCUUUCUUAUAGUUCUAUUUAUCUGACUUUUUAUUUAUACUUGGAUAUAUUGUUUAAAUGUUGAAGAACAUUGAUGUAAACUUUCUUAAUAUCCUGGUGCAUGUACAAACACAAAAUUAAAUAUUCUAAUUCGUGGCCCCUCAAGACACAGUGCUGAUACCAAUCUGAUAUGCCUGGUCUUGGUAAACUUAAUCUGUUAAAAAGAAACACUUGAUCUGUAUUUUAUUUUUUUUUACAAAUGGUUUAUAUUUGUGUGCUCAGCUGGGGCUGCACAGCCACUGGAAAUACUGCAUUCCCCAUUAAUCUUCGGACUCGAAGACAAGCCUUAUUGUUAUUAUUAUAUUUGUGUGAAUUAAAAACACAAAAGUGUACCUAUUUGGAGGAAACAGAAAUAGCCGUAGCUGCUAUUUUUGUACACAUUAAAGGGAGACAAUGGUUACAAAUUGGACCUUAUGUUAACACUUUGAAGUCCUACGUCUUGGACUGUGACUCAAGGCCGGCCCUGCUUUUGUGCUUUUAAAUGAGAGUUUACCUAUACAAAUCCAUGUCUACAAUCCUGUUGUAUGAUUCUGAGAUCUGAGUGUUAUACCAACAGUGUAAGACUUCUUAAACAUUUCCUCACAAGUCUUGUGUUCUCUAUCAUUGACAGACAAAGACAAGACCGUCGAGUAGCCUACUUUACAAGCUAUUAUUGUAACUCUGCUCCCGCGUGCCACACUUGUGGUGCUGCAUCAGAGCGCCAUUCAAUACAAGUAGUAGAAGACAUUUUUAGACAGGAAGAAGGACUGGUGUGGCUCAAAGUCAUGGGAGUCUGAACAGUCUGGGGCUAAGUUCUGUCCUGUGGGAUACUAGUCAAGUGUUCGGAAGACCUGGAGCGACACUGGGAAGUGUGUCGGUGGUCUGUUCUGGUAUUAAUUAGGCCGGAGGAAAUUCCAGCUACCCGUCGCCUCAGCGUGGCCCUCCGGUGGAAACAUCCAGAGGUGGAUCUGGACAGGCUAAGAACGAGUAGCGAACCAGGCCUUCUAGCAGGUCUCCCUGGGUCAGCUUUUGUUUUUUUUUUAUCUCACUCGGGGUGGGGAUGGAACAAGUAACCUGCAACCCAGUCCAAAAAGUCCGCCACGCCGUUCCACAAGGGGGCCGUCAUCAGUGUCCCGUUAGCUGGAGUGGCGGUCCCUUCACGGAAUAGUGGCGGUUACAGUAUAGGAAUAUGAGACAAGCUCCCCGCAGCUAGCGCUGUUCUCGGCCACUUAUAGCGAGUGGGCCAGGACCGGGGACGGUGCGCUGUGUACAUUCAGUCAACCGAUAUGGCCGCCUAUCGUUGGGUGCCCUCAGACAGGACAGGGGUGAAGAGCCCCAUGUCCAGGCCUGGUGGUUGGAUAAAAGCCUUUCUAACCAUCAACGGGAUAAUGGCGCCUCCGUCGCCGAUUCCCUACUGGACUUCAUCGAAGGUAUUAAUUAGGACUCUUUAAAACUUAAGACAUUACUCCCCGUGACUUUAUAGCGGAAGUCCAAGUCUAACUAUUUGUUGAUGCUUGUCAUAAAUCAUGUUGGACAACUGUAGAAUUUCAGUAUCUGGUCAAUGUGGUCACCUUAUGAAUUUUCCUUAGACAACGUAGGUGGAAGGGGUUUAGCUCUUUGAUGUGGCAGGAACAUAAUGAUAUUGUUAUAACCCUGGUGGCGGACUUAAAGGGUUAAUGUUUGUGCGGCCUACUGACACACAUGAUUCAGGCUAAUCACACAGGUCAAGGGCUGUUGAACAAGGGACAUUACUGCUAAUGCACGCAAUAUGACCAAUGUUAUGGUCAUGUGACCAAAAAGCCUUUACAGACGAGAGACAGUGUGUUAGAAAGGACAGAGUUGAGUCCAGGACAGCAAGCAGGACGGACUGUGUGCUACGAAGUGAGUCCUCGAAAAUGUAGCUUUACGAGCUAGAGAGACUUGUAGUGAUUAGUUAGGCAGUUCUGUUGUGUAGCAUAUCAUUUCAAGUUAGUGUAGCCAAUUGUGUUUAUUGGCUGUUGUUGAUGUAAUUGUAAAUAAACCGCCACCUUGUUUAUUGAAGCUCUUGUUGUCAAGUUGAUGUUUUAGAUGUGUUGUGUUGUUGGGCAUGUAACAAUAAGAUCCAGGACUCUGAUGCAUAUAAGAGUGAAGGGAGCACUGCCAAAAGCUGCACUGGCACAAGGAAGUCUAUCUCAUCAUCUGGGUUGGCAUUUGCUGAUAUGCCUCCCAGAUAGACAACCUUUUAAAACAUUAGCUAGUUUAUGGUCAUUUAUAAGAAUGUCUGGUUUUGUGGCAGAUUUAUUUGGAGGAGGUUGGUGCAGACGUCUUUUUUUUUUACACUUUUUUUUUGUGUGCUAAAUAGCAGAGCGGUCAUUUUUUCUUCUACUAUGUGCACAGAGCUCUUUUUCUAUAUGCUGGUGACUUUUUAUAAGAGCGAUUACUUUGCUCUUAAUAACUAAUGGAUGAUAAGUUUUUAAAAAAAUUGGACAGGUAGAAAAGGAGGGAGAAAGAAAGGAGAGAAGGAAAAAGCGUUAGAGAAAGAUAAAAGAGAGAAAAAGAAAGAGAAAGGAAGAGAGAAUGAGACAAAGGACGAAAGAAAAACAAUAAAGAAAGACAAUAAGAGAAAAUAAGAAUUAGAGAAAAAGAAAUAUCAAGAAAAAGAAAUUGAACAUGAAAAAAAAAAAGAAAUAACACGAAAAAGAAAUUGAACAUGAAAAAAAAAAGAAAUUGAACAUGCAA